AAAAAAAAAAAAAAAAAAAAAAGAGAGAGAGAGAGAGAAAGCAGUCAAAGUUUGGUGCUGGAUCCCCAUAUAUAUUUUUAUUUAAACCAAAAAAAAACCCAAGAAAGAGCAUCAAAAUUUCUAGAGAAUUGAAUUCCCCCCAAUCUCAAUGAUCCCCUAUUCCAACAAGUACAAAGUCUCUUCCCAAAUCUCUUUUACCAAGUCUCUUGUGUCAUCUUAUUCUACUCAUUCCAUUUUCAAGCUUCCUUUUUUUUUUUUUUCUACUAAAAAUCUCCAUCCAAGUUUGAAGCUUUAGUAGUUUGAACCAUAUAUAUAUGUAUAUAUCCACACAAAGUAAGAUGCUUGGUUUAUAUUGACCUAAAAAAACCUUCAUGCCCAGAGAUAGCCAAAAAAAAAAGAAAGAAAAGUUGUGGGAAGAUCAUAAUGAGUGAAGGGAUUGUGGAAAAGGCACUCAAUAGCCUCGGGAAAGGAUUCGACAUAACAAACGAUUUCAGACUGAAAUAUUGCAAAGGUAAAGACAGAUUGAUUUGGGUUAAUGAAACAGAGACAAGAGAGCUUCAUGUCCCUGGAUUUGGAUCUUUCCCCAAUGUCUCUUCAGACAUCAAGUGUGAUAAAGGCGAUCGAACCCGAUAUCAAACCGAUAUCCUCGAUUUCACCCAGAUGUCAGAGUUUUUCAACCAGAAAUCUUCAGUUCCUGGAAAGAUACCAUCAGGGAUGUUCAAUUCUAUGUUUGGUUUCCAAAGUGGAUCAUGGGCUGAGGAUGCAUCCAACACCAAGUACUUAGGACUUGAUGGAUAUUUCAUCAUUCUGUUUAAUGUUCAUAUUGAUCGGUAUCCACUUGUUCUUUCCCAUGAAGUUCGGAAUGCCGUUCCUUCCACUUGGGAUCCUGCUUCACUUGCAAGAUUCAUUGAGAGAUAUGGGACUCACGUCAUCGUAGGACUAGGCAUUGGAGGCCAAGACGUGGUGCUCCUUAGACAAAACAAAUCUUCAAAUAUGCAACCUUCCCAGCUCAAGAACCACCUUGAUGAACUUGGCGAUCAAUUAUUCACUGGCUCCUGCACCUUCACUCCUCAUCAGUUGAAAAGCAAAGAUUCCAAGCAAAAGGUACCACAAGCUUUCAAUGUUUUUGAUCCACAAUGUAAUGCCUUCAACAGCUUCUCAUCUGUCACAACCAAGGAUGGAAUAACAGUGAUAUGUUCAAAAAGAGGAGGUGAUACUACAACAAGCACACACUGCGAGUGGCUUCUAACAGUGCCAUCAACGCCUGAUGCAGUUCAUUUCAACUUCAUUCCGAUUACCUCUCUUCUUAAUGGUGUUCCUGGCAAGGGCUUCUUGUCUCAUGCCAUCAACCUCUACCUUCGCUAUAAACCUCCUAUAAGUGAUUUGCAGUAUUUUUUAGACUUUCAAACCCAUAAGGUUUGGGCUCCAGUACAUAAUGAUCUCCCACUUGGCCCACACACAAAUAAGGCCUUGCGGAAUCCUGCUCUACAGUUCAACUUAAUGGGCCCUAGGCUCUAUGUCAACACUACUCAGGUUGUGAUUGGAAAACGACCAGUAACAGGAAUGCGAUUGUAUCUAGAGGGGAUGAAAUGCAACAGGUUGGCCGUACAUCUCCAGCACUUGUCGAACUCGCCGGUAUUACUCCAAGACAAGAUCAGUGACCCUUUACAUUGGAGAGGAACCGAAGAAAUUGGUGAUGAUCGAUAUUUGGAACCAAUUCAAGGCAAGAAAUUUUCACACAUUUCCACAGUUCCAGUUAAAUUCGAUCCAAAAUGGUCUACAAAAACGGGAGAAGCCUUUAUUGUCACGGGGGCACAAAUUCACGUCAAAAAAGACGCGACAACUUCAAGAACCGUGCUACAUUUGAGGUUACUAUACUCUAAGGUUACGGAUUUUUACGUCGUCCAAUCGAAUUGGAUGCAAUGUCCGUCGGAUAGUUACACCAUUAAAUCGAGUAUUUUCUCGGCGAUUAGUAUGUCGAUCUCCGGAACUUUGGACAAAGAGAAAAUGCCGGCGGUCGUGGUGGAUUCCGGGAUUUAUCCGACCGGGCCGCCGGUGCCGGUACAAACUCAGAAGUUGCUGAAGUUUGUGGAUACAUCGGAAUUGUGUAAAGGGCCACAAGAUAAUCCGGGACAUUGGUUAGUUACGGGAGCUAAAUUGGACUUGGAAAAAGGGAAAAUAUGCUUGAAUGUCAAGUUUUCCUUGUUGAAUAUUUAUUCUUGAUAAAUACCGUAGGGAAUAUAUUAGCAAUAACGCACAAAUCUCUGUGCCAUUCAUAGACUUAUGUAAUUUCAUGUAUAUAUCAAGUGUUCAUAAUUUAAAACCUUUCAGAAUACUAGUCUUUCUUCCCCCAACUUCUAGCACUA